GGACGGGUCCUCCGAACGCCUGGAGACCCGCCCGUUUGCUCUCCUCAGUGGGAACGACGUUUUCCAUCAGAGGAGAAAGAAUCGUAAGAAAUAGGGAGACCUCAGGACGGAGGUUCGUCAGGAGAAAAGGGAGAAACCUCAGUUGAUUUAUCAGGAUAAUAUUCAGACAUCUGGGGCCAUGAGAGCAGUGAGCACCGGGGCUUGAUCUACGGCUGAUGAUUGGCUGAUGAAGAUGAUUCUUUCCUGAAUAUCCGUGCCUCCAGCUCCCCAUCCCCUUACCCCACUCUUUUCAUCUUCUUCACUGUCCUCACGCACACCACUGCCUCUACCAUGAACCACACCCCCAGCCCCCACCUGUCUGAAGGUGGAAAGUCAGCCGGAGGGGGUCUGCUGUGCAGCCUUGGUCUAGGGCCUGACAGGGGGAUCCGCUCCCCUGACAGUCUCACCCACACCCCAAGCCCUACUGGAGGAACCCCAAGCUCCAGCCCUCCGCUUCUGCUGUCACCCGGUCUGGGGAGCCUCGGCCUGGGGUCCCUGGGGGCCAUGUGUGAGGGAGCCGGGGCAGAUUGGGAGAGCAGGGAGGAGCUGAGGCUCAGGGAGCUGGAGGAGGCUCGGGCUAGAGCGGCUCAGAUGGAGAAAACCAUGAGGUGGUGGUCGGACUGCACUGCCAACUGGAGAGAGAAGUGGAGCAAGGUUCGUGCAGAGCGCAACCGUGCACGCGAUGAGGUCCGUCAGCUGAGGCAGCGACUAGAUACACUCACCAAGGAGCUGACCAGCGUUCGACGGGAACGUCAGGAACUGGUCUCAGAGAACGAGACACUACGACAGGAGACGCUGCGUCUCCGUGGCGACCCUGCUCCGCCUCUGUCUGCCACUUCUCCAUCAUCCUCCCCUGCACACCCUUCUUCCACCUCCUCUCCAACGAUCCCUCCGUCCUCCCCUGCUUCCUCCACCUCCUCCUCUCAGGUCCACGCUGACAGCAAAAUAGACAGGGUGGGGGAGGGACCACCCGGGUCUCCAGAGCCAGAACCAGUCAGGGACGUGGACUUAGAUCGAGAAAAGAUUGCUCAACAAAAGGACUUGGAGGCCAUAGAGUCAGUCCUGCAGUCCAGAGCCCCUGAAGGAGACCCCCAGGAGGCCUGGGAAAAUCGUGGUGGUCUGAACCUUACCAGCUCCCGCUCAUCCUCCGGUCUGAGCCGGCAGGAACGCAACAGACAGCUGUGGGAGGACAUAAGCACAGUGGAAGAAGACUCCAGCAAACUCAAUGCCCUGCAGCUCCGCCUGGAUGAGUCCCAGAAGGUCCUGCUGAAAGAGAGAGAAGACAAGCUUGCACUGAGUAAGAGCAUCGAGAGACUGGAGGCUGAGCUCAGUCAGUGGAAACUUAAAUAUGAGGAGCUCAGCAAGACUAAACAGGAGGCUCUCAAACAGCUGAACCUGUUGAAGGAAAUGCACCAGGAUGAACUCGGCCGCAUAUCUGAAGACUUGGAGGAUGAACUGGGAGCCCGAACCAGCAUGGACAAAAAAAUAGCUGAGCUGCGAGCAGAGAUGGAAAGGCUGCAGGUGGAGAAUGCUGCAGAGUGGGGGCGCAGGGAGCGUCUGGAAACAGAGAAGCUGGCCCUGGAGAGAGACAACAAGAAGCUUAGGGCUCAGGCCGAGGACCUGGAGGAGCAACUGGCCAAAAAACGUCGGCAAGCCGCAUCUGCUCUUGACACCGACCUCAAGGCUAUCCAAACGGAGCUGUUUGAGAGAAACAAGGAGCUGGCUGACCAUCGCCACGUUCACUCUAAACUGAAGAAGCAGCUUCAGGAGAAAACGGCAGAGCUCAUUCACGCCAACAGGAGGGUGGAGGGCCACGAGGCUGAGGUCAAAAAACUACGACUGAGAGUGGAGGAGCUCAAGAAAGAGUUGGGUCAAGCUGAAGAUGAGUUGGACGAGUCUCACAACCAGACCAGAAAGCUGCAGAGAUCCCUGGAUGAGCAGGUGGAGCAGACUGAGAACCUGCAGGUGCAAUUGGAACAUUUGCAGUCAAGACUGCGACGUCAGCAGCAGAGUCCUGGCCUGUUUGGGAAGAUUCGAUCGGCUCGGUUCAGUCCCGAAAACCCAGAUGGUCCCGCCAGCGACAUGGAUGAAGAGGAGGAGGAACUACAGCUUCAGAUUCCAUGACACACAAACACACACAGUCACAGUGAUACAGCAUACACUGUUAAACAAACAUCAGCAGUCAAAAAGAGAAGCUGAAUGUUGUUGCUCUUUGGAUCAUUAUCUCCAGUAAAGGAAACAGGAGUCAGCGCUUCUUACGCUAAUCCAGUUUAGAAAAGCUCAAAAUUUGAGGAGUUAUGUUACCUAUAGUCAGAUCACAAGGUCAAAACCACUCUGAAAUUUGGAUCGUUUGGAUGCAAAGCUUAGGAAGAAUCCUCACAAUUGAAUGAUGUCCAUGUUGAUGAUCAAUAAUCAAAUUAUUAUCAUUAAAAAUAAAUGUGCUAUCUGGAUGAUGUGUAGUUUAAACAUGAAAGAGUUUAAAUGACAUUUCUCUUCCCAGCAGCGAUUCAACAAGCACACACCUAAUCCUCACACAGAGCAUGCAAACACUCACAUAUACCAGGACUGACACACAAACCCAGCAGGAGUGUGACGGACUCUUAACAGGAUGUCUGGACAGUGUCACACUGGAUCAAGGGAUUCUUCUUGAACUUCCAACAAAUUCCCACAGAGAGGCGUCAUUCUUUCACUGUACUCACUCAUUCUUACCUCAUAUCAUUCCAAGCAUUACAGCUGUCCUGUCUGAACUUUCUAUUCCAACAAGUCUCAACCUAACUUCUUCAUUAGCAGUAUUAACACUGGGCUCACAGCUGUUAGCUAUGAGGAAGUGGUCUUUUCAAAGUGUAUUUACACUCAUGAGGGACUGAACAUGUAACUCUCACAUUUAACCAGGAAAGUAUUUUCUUCCAAAUAUCAAAACCCAAAGUCGAUUCCAAAGCCGGGUGCACACUACACAACAAGAUCACAACACCACAGGUGCUGCACUAACAUUAUUUGAGCUGGAUCAUUGUAGCCUCUAUGUUCAUUCCUACCUUUCCUGCUCGUCAUCCAGUCUCUCCUCCUACCUUUCCUGACUCUGCACAGCUGUCUCUGUUCAUAAGCGAGCAGAAACGUACAAAAUGAAUCCUUAAAUAAAUAAAAAAAACAUACACAUUUCCAUCUCCAUCACUAAACUCUGAUGGGAGCACAGAAGGGUGACAGAAAUGGGACAGACUGUGUGAAGCAGCUGCGGUGACGACUGUCAGUAAAGACAGCUAAACCGCCUUUGAACCAAGUGGUGGUAGAUACAACGUCCUCUCAGCUGACAGCGCUGUCAGCAACCCAGCGUGAGACAUGCUCUGGGGUGAGCUGGGAUUUUAUGACUGAGUUUGCAUGGAAACUUAAUGUUAUUAAAUCACAGAUAAAGACAGCCGUUAAAAUCAUGUAAGUGUAAUCUUGGCUGGUGUAGCUGUGUAGUGUCUGGUUCAGCUGGAAGAAAAGGAACUACAGUCUAAUGACAGAAAGGGGGAGGGAUGAAACUGGCAAAACUAAUCUGCAUACAUAACUUUUCAUGACAGCUGGUAACGUUCAUACUGUCACAGCCCUGAUUAGUGCUCAGAGAUAGAGGGCAUUACAGUUGGGAUGGAGGCAGAACUUGCUGUGAUUGGAGAUACACUAAUCCCUAAUAAAGUCUGCACUAAAACUGAGGGAAAACCUGCUCCACUUUGCCCCUUAGCAAAUGUGGAUAUCGCUGCAUGAUUGUAGCAUAAGCAGCAGUUUGAGGCUGAGAACUGGGAAUGCUAAUGUCUGACCAACGAUCAUACCUGUUUUAUUAAUCACUCACACACACUCACUGGACACACCUGAUUACAGUUUGAGUCACUCUAGCGCUCUCUGUAUUUCUUAUUGAGUACCCAAAGUUCUUUAUUCAAUCGCUAAAAGUAAGCCGACUAAGAAACCGAGAAAUGUAUGUUUGUCAUACUGUCCAUGAAUCCAUCCCAAGAGGAAUAUAAAAGAUGAAUGGACUUCAGUCAUGCAAAGGCUUAAAACAGACUUUUAUUUUUGAAUUUUUUUUUUCAUCGCCAGAAAGCCCCCUCAUUUUUGCACUAUUCUUCGACACAUCUGCCUGCAGCACGCUGACCAGCUGUUUGGGUCUAUGAUGUAUGAAUCAUGUCUAUUUAUCAUCUAAGUUUGGCAUCAUUUAAAGCAAGUAAUGGUGAGCAUUAUCAAGCUGACACAACAAUGGUGGUAGCGUUUUUUUUUUCAGUUCAGUACUUCAGCAGCUGACACUGUAUUUUGAUAAGGUGCAUGUAUAAUGCGGACCAUGGGUUGUAUCAUUGUGCAGUUAAAAAAGGAAACUAAGUACAAUACGAGCUGAAUACUCACUUUGAAGAUGCACAUCCAUGAGGCUUUCUUGUUGUCUUAUUUUACUUCUGAACAUUGGGGAAAGUCAGUAAAAACAGGAGCGUUCACGCUCUUUUUUUUGUUUGAUUUAAUUUUUGACCUUAACAGCUGAUCAGUGCAUUUGCAGGCUAAAGAACACUUAUUGCUGUGGUGCAGGUGUGGUGCAAAAACAAGAUGGCAAUGUAAAGCUGCCGCAUACAACUCCAUUUCACAAAGAAAAAACAAAGAACUAUCCCUUUAACCAGGUCUCUAAAUGGACCUUUUAGAUCUGAUGCUCUAAGAAGUAUUUUCAGAGGCCUGUUGCCUGAUGUAAUGUUCAAGUUGACUGAGGAGAUGGUUAUGAAUAGUGCUUGAACCUUAUAUGGCAAUCUGCAUAUCGCUGCAGUUACAGUGUGUAUUGUAAAAAUAGAGAGAUUGGAUGUCAACAAACAAAACGCAAUCUCAACACUGCAGUAUGAAAAGUGUAAAUGAAGGGGAGGAGUAAAAGAGAGAUUCAAAGCUGAAUAAUAGUCCUAAAUUAAUUUAAGAUUGAGAAUUGGGUUUGAAUACUAAUCUGAAUUAGCCUUAUCCUGCAUUUAUUAGAGGUCUGACUCUGGAGAAAUGUAAGUUCAUUACACACACGUAGAACCAGCUUUUUCCAAACAGCUAUGGUUACAAUAUAAAUCAAGUGUUUUUGGGCUAAGUUGCACAAAUAUAAAAUAAAUGAAGUGUUUUUGUAGGUUAUUUUCAGUUUCUAGGGAAAGGUCCAAAGUAUUAAUGUCUAACAGAUCAUACAGGUCUGUAUUCACUCAGACUUGAAACGCCUCCAAAGCAGCAUUUAUACCAUCAUUGAAUAAUGGAAGAGUCACCGAAACCUGGCCAGUUAGCCUUAAGACUUGCAGCCUCAUUCAGACAACCAGUGCAUUACCAGAGCACAGUUCUGGAUUCUCGUUGGACUUACAUUUGAUGUAUUUGUUCAGAGCAGGUCUAAAUCACCCUGCUGUGAAAGAGUUUCAGUCUAACAGUGAGAAGAUGCAGCUGUGAAAGCAAUACAUCCUUCAUCUGUCCCCUCCACCAUCCACAGUCACCCUCUGCCUCGGCCUCGACUCUCAUGCUGGAAUGGGACCAAGAUUUUUUUUUUACUGAUCAGGAUACCAAACUAUUUAUGUUGUUGUUGUUAUGGUUUACUUUUUAUAAAUGAUCUGUACCGCAGUGCUUUUGUAUGAGCUCUAUAAAUGUCGACUACAGAUAUAAA